AGAAGAUGGGGAUUCAGCGCCGACAUGAGACAGCUACGGGAGGUGGCCCGGCUCUCAACCUGAAGUGGCUACCCUGGGAGGAUGUUAUUAGAAGGCGCAUGAACCCUGCCAUGGUCGAAGGAGUUCGCGGAGGUGUGGACUCUAGCCGUCCUGCUGGCUUUCCCGAGGAGGAAGAACCGCCCAGAAGACGGAAGAAGGCGGGAGAUAAGCCGUCCAAAAGGAGGUCUGAUGACAGGCCUGCCCAGAGGACAUCACCUGCGCACAGGACAUCGCCAGCGCACGGACCGUCACCUGUGCAGCAGGCAUCGGCAGCAGCGCGCGGACCAUCAACUGAGCCGCAAGCAUCGCGAGCACACAGAUCGUCACCUGUGCGCCACAGUUCGUCAUCGCGCAGUUUGUCACCUGUGCACCAGACGACGUCAGCGCACAGACUAUCACCUGUGCGCCAGACACCGUCGGCGACCACACCACAAGAUGGGCGCCAAACUACAGCUCCUGCGCGCAGGCCAUCACCAGAUCGUCGUCUCUCCAGGAGCUCUGGGACUGUGACUGAAGAGCCUCAAGACACAACCCUUGUGGACCCAUCACCCGAUCUGUUUGAGUCUACAGGGUUAACAGACGAAACUUUUCUUGGGUUUGAGGACAGCCGUGCAGACGUAUCCAGCCAGACCCUUGAAAAGUCUUCCGAAACGAGGACAAGUGGAGCUCCUGGAGCAGCGGCAUCACAGGAUGGAGAAGUGGUGCCACGAACCAGCAGCGGACUAGCUUCGGGGAUUGGUUCCUACUUCAGGCCGGAUCUCCUCCUACAGGAGUCGUCAGAGGAUGACGAGGUGGAAGUGCAGGAGGCUCCAGUUGCUACAUCCCUGUCUGCCCAAAUCCAAGUGGUGGCAGACAUCCAGGAAGGGCAGAAUCCCUCAACUGUUCAGAGGGUUCACACCCUGGCAUCGGAGAUUGGGACCCGCCAGGAUACGUACACAAAUGUUUCUGCUUGA